AUGCAGUUUGGGAAUGCAAUCUUGAUGUGUUACUUUUUACACAGCCAUCAUCUUGCUGCAGGAAAGUUUGAAGAGGCGGGGUUGACCACUCUUGUUCGAAAUGGCGUUCUGGCUAAGGAUGCUGUUAAGAAAGACGGCGGUGGAAAGGCCAACUGGGGGAAAUUGGGAGAAGAGUUCCUCGAUGAAGAAUUCACCAACCCGCAUCGCGAUCCAGAGCCAGAGCCUAGUGUGAAAUUUGUGAAUCGGGAUAAGCAAGUUUAA